ACUUUUGUGAGUAUCCCAAUCCCCCCACCAAUAAUACAAUGGAAUCACCCAUCCCAGAUUCCUCCUCCACCAACCACCACACAACCCGAUCCAUCACUCUCUUUCGGUACCGAAAAACCCGAUGAAAAUCCCGAUCCAAGGGCCAACGGAGUCCGAUAUCAACAACCUCCUCACCCCUCUAACAAACCCUAGCUCCUCAACCACCGGCAUGGACGAUCAUCAACAUUCAAAAUCCUAUUGGCGAUUCAGCAAACAAGACUUCUACCCAGAACCCUCCUUCCAAAACCUAACUGCUUACAGAUCCGCAUUCUCCCAAACCAUCCACCGCCUCCGUGACCGGUGUUUCGGCCGGUCUAGUGACGUCACGGAGCUGGUUGAACUGAAAAAGCAGAGUGAGAAUGACAUGCACAAGUGUCUGACGUGGAUUGAUCUUAUUUGGCUUGGUUUCGGUUCGGUCGUUGGUUCGGGUAUAUUUACGGUUACGGGGCUUGAAGCGAGGGAUAAUGCUGGACCGUCGAUUGUGUUGUCGUAUGCGUUGUCUGGAUUGUCGGCUCUGUUUUCUGUGUUUUGUUAUACGGAGUUUGCUGUUGAGAUUCCGAUUGCUGGUGGCUCCUUCUCCUUUUUGAGGAUUGAGUUAGGUGAUUUCGUUGCUUUUAUUGCUGCUGGUAACAUUCUAUUGGAAGCUGUUGCUGGUGCAGCCGGUCUGGCUCGAUCGUUCUCAUCGUACUUCGCGAGUAUGUUUAGUUCUAAUCCUGAUAUUCUUCGUAUAAAAGUUGAUUCGUUUGCAGAAGGUUUCAAUCUGUUAGACCCUAUAGCUGUGGUAAUCUUGUUCAUGGCCAACAUGGUAGCAAUGAGAGGAACCAAAUUGACAUCAUUCUCCAACAUGAUACUGUCAAUGAUAACUUCUUUGAUCAUAGUUUUCAUAAUCAUUGUCGGGUUUAUGCACUCUAAAACCUCGAAUUUGCAACCUUUUUUCCCGUACGGGCCGGGAGGAAUGUUUAAAGCUGCAGCUGUCGUUUACUGGUCGUAUACCGGUUUCGAUAUGGUUGCUAAUAUGGCGGAAGAAACUCGAAAACCAGCGAAGGAUAUACCGUUAGGUCUAGUUGGUUCGAUGUCUACAGUCGGUGUGGUUUACUGUCUAAUGGCAUUAGCUCUUACAAUGAUGGUAAAAUUCACUGAGAUAGAUCGAGAUGCUCCUUAUUCGGUUGCAUUUGAGAAAAUCGGAAUGAAAUGGGCUAAAUACGUUGUUAGUUUAUGUGCUCUAAAGGGGAUGCUUACAAGUAUGUUAAUUGGAUCAAUGGGUCAAGCCCGAUACACCACUCAAAUAGCCCGAGCCCAUAUGAUCCCACCGUGGUUCGCAUUGGUCCACCCGAAAACUGGAACCCCUAUUUACGCGACCCUAUUAGUUACAACAAUUAGCUGCAUUGUUGCUUUAUUCUCGAGCCUUGAUGUUUUGUCAAGUGUGUUAUCGUUUAGUACCCUCUUCAUAUUCAUGCUCAUGGCUGUUGCGUUGCUUGUUAGGCGUUAUUAUGUGAAGGACAGAACAUCUAUGCAUGAUAUGGCUAAGUUUAUGGUUUGUUUAGCUGUUGUAAUUGGUUCGUCUAUUGGAAUAACCGCACUUUGGGGCGCAAACGUGAAAGGGUGGAUCGGGUAUACAGUGGGUGGUGGGUUUUGGCUCGCGGGUACUUUUGGAAUGAUGUUGGUUCAACAGCAAAGGGUUCCAAAGGUUUGGGGGGUUCCGUUGGUUCCAUGGUUACCUGCUUUGUCGAUUCUGAUGAAUGUGUUUUUGAUCGGGUCGUUGGGUGCUAUCGCAUUUAAGAGGUUCUUUAUUUGCAGCGGUGUGAUGUUGGUUUACUAUGUUCUUGUCGGGGUUCAUGCGACUUACGAUGUGGCUCAUCAAGAAUCUAUAGAACCCAAUCUCGAGAAAGGAAAAACGGCUUCCGGUUGAGAGGGUUUGUUAGCUAUUACAGUGUGAUUUCUUUGUUGUAUCGUAGAUAUUUAUGGAAAAAUUGGUUUGAAUCCGCUAAGGGAGUUUAAAUACUUUUUUUUUCUUCAAAAAGCCGAACUGUUAAAUACGGUUUUGAAAAAUGGCAUAUCAAACAGCUUGAAUUGGCUGGGUAGUUGGGUCGGAUGGACCAGCUAAAUUAACCGUUCAUGAAUUAUGACUGUUUGAACCGA